AUGAAGAACCUGAACGUGAACCUGGGCCACUGCGUGAGGACCUACUGCAGCAAGAGUAACCCGUUCGAGAAGGUGAGGAAGAAGCUGGGCCAGGGGGACCUGAGUUACUACGACCUGAACGAGCUGAACGACAGUAGGAUAAAAAGUUUGCCCUACUCCAUCCGAAUUUUGCUCGAAUCUGCUGUACGCAAUUGUGAUAAUUUAAAGGUUACCGAAGAUAAUGUGGAAACAAUCCUCUCAUGGAAGGAUAAUUGCAGGAAGAAGAAGGAGGUGCCAUUUAUGCCUGCAAGGGUACUUCUACAAGAUCUGACCGGUGUCCCCUGUAUAGUGGAUUUAGCGACCAUGAGAGACACGGCCGCAAUGCUGGGAGGAGACGCAGAUAAAAUCAAUCCACUCAUUCCAGUCGAUUUGGUAAUUGAUCACUCUGUUCAAGUGGAUCAUAGUAGGAGUCCCGAAGCGAGAGAAUUAAAUGAGAAGAAAGAAUUUGAAAGAAAUUUGGAACGAUUUAAAUUCCUAAAGUGGGGGAUGCACUCAUUUAAAAAUAUGUUAAUAUUACCACCCGGUUCCGGGAUAGUGCACCAGAUAAACUUAGAAUACUUAGCGCACUGUGUUUUUAAAAACAAGGGAGUUCUUUAUCCAGACAGUUUAGUUGGGACAGAUUCUCACACGACUAUGAUAAACGGGUUAGGUAUCCUAGGUUGGGGAGUGGGAGGUAUAGAAGCAGAAGCAACCAUGUUAGGUUUGCCCAUAUCGAUGACACUACCAGAGGUGGUAGGGAUAAACGUGGUUGGUAAAUUAUCCGACCAUUUGCUAAGUACCGACGUUGUUCUUUACAUUACAUCUUUCCUAAGAAAGGAGGUAGGAGUAGUAAAUAAAUAUGUAGAAUUUUUUGGGCCAAGUUUGAAAGAUUUAAAGUUAGGCGAUAGAGCAACUAUUGCGAAUAUGGCCCCGGAGUACGGGGCAACAGUCGGUUUCUUCGGGGUAGAUGAUACUACGUUGGAAUAUUUAGUGCAAACGGGUCGAGAUAAGGAGAAGGUAAAUCUGAUCAGGGAAUAUUUAGUGAAAAAUUCUCUAUUCAAUAAUUAUAUGGACCAUAUAGAAUACACAGAUGUGUAUACGCUAGAUUUAUCAAAGUUGAGUUUGUCUGUGUCUGGACCGAAGAGACCACACGACAAUGUGUUGCUAUCCAAUUUGCACACAGAUUUUAGCGCCUGUUUGGAAUCUCCAGUGGGCUUCAAAGGGUAUAACAUUCCACAGAAGGAUAGACAAAAGGUUAUUACGUUCUCCUAUAAGGAUGAGAAGACAUACAGUCUGACACAUGGCAGUGUAGUGCUAGCAGCGAUUACGUCAUGCACCAAUACGAGCAACUCCUCUUCCAUGAUAGCAGCUGGAUUGUUGGCUAAGAAGGCUGUAGAGAACGGAAUUGAGUCUAUUCCAUAUAUUAAAAGUUCCCUCUCCCCGGGGUCAAAAACGGUGCAAAAGUAUCUCGAAGCAGGGGGACUUCUCCACUAUUUGGAAAAACUAGGUUUUUACAAUGUAGGUUUUGGGUGCAUGACGUGUAUAGGCAACAGUGGGCAUCUAGACAAGGAAGUGGAGGACGUUAUAAAUGAAAAUGACUUAAUCUGUUCCUCCGUCCUGUCGGGCAAUCGAAAUUUUGAAGGACGCAUACACCCACUGGUAAAGGCAAACUACCUUGCUUCCCCAGUGCUAGUCGUGCUACUAAGUCUGAUAGGCAAUGUCAAUGUAGACGUUGCGUCUUAUGCGUUCACUACAAAAUCGGGACAGCAAAUUAAAGCCCUUGAUCUGAUCCCCAAAAAGGAAGAAAUAAACGCCUACGAAGAACAGUACCUUAAAGCCCACAUGUACACAGAUAUUUACAAAAACAUAAAAUACGUGAACAAGUACUGGAAUGAUAUAAAGAUAAAGGAAGACAAACUGUACGAAUGGGAUGUAAAUUCUACCUACAUUCAUAAGCCCCCAUUUUUUGAUCAGAUGAAAUUGGAACCAGAAAAAAUCCACAAUAUUAAAAAUGCACAUAUGUUGCUAUUCCUGGGGGAUAGUAUCACCACGGAUCAUAUUUCCCCUGCUGGGAUGAUACACAAAAGUUCAGAAGCUUAUAAAUUUUUAAAAUCCAAAAAUAUAAAAGAUGAAGAUCUGAAUACGUAUGGAGCUAGAAGAGGAAAUGACCAAGUCAUGGUGAGAGGCACUUUUGCCAACAUCAGAUUGAUAAAUAAAUUGUGCCCUGAUAAAGGACCCAAUACUGUACACAUCCCUUCUAAACAAAUAAUGUCCGUUUAUGAAGCCGCCAUGAAAUAUAAACAAGACAAUGUAGACGUUAUUGUCGUUGCUGGUAAGGAAUACGGAUGUGGUAGUUCUAGAGAUUGGGCUGCCAAAGGGUCCUACCUACUUGGAGUGAAAGCCAUCCUGGCAGAAUCCUUUGAACGUAUCCACAGAAGUAACCUCAUCGGCAUGAGCGUCCUGCCGUUGCAAUUUUUGAACAACGAAAGUGCUGCACAUUAUAAUAUGGACGGAACGGAGACCUUUUCCAUUGAGCUGAAUGAGGGGGAACUACGCCCCCAGCAGCACAUAAAGAUACAGAUGACCCAGCAGGGCAAGACCACCUCCUUUGACGUUCUGUGCAGAAUCGACACGGAAAUCGAGGUCAAGUAUUUUAAGAAUGGAGGAAUAUUGAAGUACGUCUUGCGGUCCCUCGUGAAGGGGUAA